UUACUGAGUCGGAAGGAUAAAGCCACAUUUGACAAGUUGGAGUAUGUUAUGAGUAAAGAAGAUAAUUACAAAAGGCUUAGAGACUAUAUCAGCAGCUUGAAGAUGACUCCUUGUAUUCCCUACCUAGGUAUUUACCUGUCAGACUUGACAUAUAUUGACUCUGCCUACCCCUCCACUGCCAGCAUUCUGGAGAGUGAGCAGAGAACAAACCUAAUGAACAACAUUCUGCGAAUUAUCUCGGACUUGCAGCAGUCCUGUGAAUAUGAUAUUCCUAUGUUGCCUCAUGUCCAGAAAUAUCUAAACUCAGUUCAGUACAUAGAAGAGCUUCAGAAGUUUGUAGAAGAUGACAAUUACAAACUUUCCUUAAAGAUAGAACCAGGGACCAGCACCCCCCACUCUGCUGCUUCCAGAGAAGAUUUAGUAGGCUCUGAAGUUGGAGCAUCUCCACAAAGUGGGCGGAAAAACGUUGCAGCUGAAGGAGCUUUGCUGCCACCAACACCUCCUUCUCCUCGGAACCUGAUACCACAUGGGCACAGGAAGUGUCACAGUCUGGGAUACAAUUUCAUCCACAAGAUGAACACAGCUGAAUUCAAAAGUGCAACAUUCCCCAACGCAGGACCAAGGCACCUCCUGGACGACAGCGUCAUGGAGCCUCACGUCCCGUCCCGAGGGCAGGCAGAGAGCUCCACCCUUUCCAGUGGGAUCUCAAUAGGCAGCAGUGAUGGUUCUGAACUCAGUGAAGAGACUUCCUGGCCAGCAUUUGAAAGGAACAGGUUGUACCAUUCCCUCGGCCCGGGGACACGAGUGUCACGAAAUGGCUAUCGAGGCCACAUGAAGGCCAGCAG